AGGGGUCGUGGACCUUCUCUCUCCCCUUGCCCUGCCCUCCCCAGUUCUAGCUUCGGAAAUGUUCGGAGAGCUGGGGGAGGAGCGGACGCAUGGAUCUACGGGGGGCGCAAAAAAAACACCUCACACCGCCCCGUCUUCCGUGACGGACUAGUCUCGAGACUUACGGCCAGCGCUUUCGUAGACGUUUCGGAAGGUGGGAGACAGCGCGCUCAAAGAGGAUUUCAGGCGCUGACCAAGGAGAAGAAGCUGGAGCCAGGUAAAAGAUGGGAAGGAAGAAAUACGAAAAUAUGUGAAGGAAUGUGAGCUACCAAAACGAAAGAAGCAGUAGAGAUGCUAGAGGGAGAGAUUACAGAGAGUGAAGUAUGGAAGGUAGUAAGAGGCACCCAGAUCAAAGGCUCCGGACCCGGAUGGGACACCAUUCGAGCUGUAUAAAAAGUAUCUUCUACAAUGACUCCCUCUGCAGAUGACCACACGUCUUCCUCUUCUUGGUCACUCAUCCCUGUAUUAUCUUUGGACAAGGAACAAGAGCUCAAAGAGUACAAGCCUGGACACAUCAUUCCACCGUUGUCUACUUUCUUUGCUGCUACAAUCACUGACAAAAAACAAAUCUCCCGAUUAUCUCAGGCAUUGUGCUUGCAAUACCCACUUUCUGAUGUCUUGCGGCAUUUGAAAAGAGUGCGUACCUGCAAUUCUCGCUUAGAGAUUUUGCUUCGUCCUGUCACACCUGAGGAUCAAAUUAACCUGUUAGAAAAUAUUGUUGAUGUUUCCAAAGAAAGUGAUAAUCGAUCAAAAAAAACUGAUUCCAAAUCAGAAAUUAAUUUACAGGUUAAUGACAUUUUGCAAAGUGGUUGCAUUGACAUCAAUGGCUUAGGUAAGGCAUUGAUUGUGUCAGUUCCAUCAAGGGCAGCAAGAGACCAAAAGGAGCAGCAAGCUUGGGGAAGCAUUUGGCCCUGCACCUACCAUGCCAAAGCCAAGACUAUAUAUUUGGAGGAGGGCAGUAGUGGUAAAGGUGUUCCUGAGCAAGAAAGGUUACGUAUUGAAAAUAACAUGCAUAGGGCCCUAGAAGCAGCACAGCAGAAUCAGUCUAGAGGUGGGAAAGGUGUUGGAGCAGUUAUAGUGGACCAAGAGAGUGGCAAAGUUUUAACAAUUGGAACUGAUCAGACUGGAGUCAAAGGAGCUCCAUUACUUCAUGCCUGCAUGGUAGUGAUAGACUUAGUUGCUCGCCAACAAGUUGAAGGAGCAUAUGUUCAAAUUUCUAGCAUGAAAGAUGUAGAUAAACUACAUGAAGGAACUGCAAUAGGAGUGAAACCAAAAGUAGAUGAAAAAAAAAAAAGAAAACAUUUAAAGGAAAAGAAUGGAGGAACUGAGGUUCCAUAUUUAUGCACAGGGUAUGAGGUGUAUGUUACUCACGAGCCAUGUGUUAUGUGUUCCAUGGCUCUUCUUCAUUCCCGUGUGUCUUGUGUUUACUAUGGAUGCAGUUCCCCCGGUGGUGCUUUAGGAACUUACUACCGCAUCCAUUGCAGCCCUGGGCUCAACCACAGGUUCCUUGUAUAUCGAGGGGUUUUGGAAGAUGAUUGCCGUUCUUUGAUCUGUGGUGAUGAGAUUUGACAUGUUAAGAAAUUUUGAGAGGUUAUUAGAUAGCUACAUAGUCAGUACUGCUCAAAAAAAAAGACACGUACCAACCAAGACACAAGUUCAACCAAGGAGGGGAGGAGAUGGAUGAAAGGAAAGUGUAUGGGUUAAUCAGGGGGAGGGGAUUUGAUACUAUAUGUCUACAUGUGUGUUAAUGUUAUGUUUUCAAAAUAAACCUUAUAAAACUUCACUUUUAAUUAGAAAGAUUAAAAAUAGUUGCUUUAAUAUACCAGAUUUAUACACAUAUAUUUUAAUUUUUUUUUAUAUUUUGCACCAAUACUAUACAACAAUCUGUAUAAAGAUUUCAAAUAAAGAGUCUCUCUUGCCUGUG